AACCGCGUAUCAAAUGUUCAAAACUGUUAUCACUCUUUAGCGUACAACAAUGAAAGUGUUGCUCGCGUUAUUAGCCUGCGUGAUCGCUGCUACCGGCGCAGAUAUUUCCGGCAGAGUCGUCGGAGGUUCCGCGGCGACCAUCGAAGCCAUUCCGUACCAGCUGAGUGUAUGGGUAAAAGAAACGUUCAAGUGCGGUGGCGUUAUCAUAAGCACCAAAGCCGCUCUGACGUCAGCCCGAUGCGUCGACGGAGAAACCGCGUCGACCAUCACGGUGAACGGAGGUACGGAGCACAGAAAUAAAAAAGGCUCACUGCAGAAGGUUUCGUCGAUCGUAGCUCACCCGAGUUACUCACGUACCACAUGGGACUACGACAUCGCGAUAUUGAAGCUCGCAAGCGCCUUUAAACUUGGCCCGAAUAUCGGCGUCGCGACUCUUCCCAGCGACGGUGAAACCGUAGCGGUCGGCAGUCUCGCUACAGUUUCCGGAUGGGGAAUCACCACGAUCGGCGGAACGGAGUACGCCGGACGAUUGCAAGUCGCCACAAUGCCUGUCGUGGCGACGUCCGUCUGCACCACUGCAUUGAGUAGAAUAAACAAGAUAACCGACCGGAUGCUAUGCGCCGGUUACACAACUGGAGGAAAAGAUAUUUGCACCGGCGACCACGGAGGCCCUCUGGUAUACGCGAAGAAGUUGAUCGGCAUAGUUUCAUGGGGAGGCGGAUGCGGUGCCGUUGGCAAACCGGCAGUUUUCACCAGAAUUGCCGCCCUUCGUUCUUGGAUCAGUACUAAGGCCGGUGUGUAGAGAUGAAGAAAUGGAACCUCAGGUUGCUCAGAGUAUUUUAAUAAAUUAAUCCAUUUACCGUGAAAA